AUGGCCUCGAAAUCUCCUGUCCCAUUAGAUAGCGAUGGCUUUCCGGUUGUCACAUCGCCGAUUACAGGAAAGUACGUCUUACAUCGUAGCGGGUCUGAUACCGUACACCUCUUGAGGUACACACUCGCCGAAGAAUCCUUCAACGAGCCUUUCGAUACAUUUCAACUGCGGUCCGCCCUGGUCAUUGGUCUACAGAAAGAGCUCGACUCCUUCCAAGAGGGCACCACGUUACGGGAGGUUCUUCUUCAGGGUGGUUCCGCCCUUGAAGAUGCCAGAAAGCUGGCAAAGGAGACUCAGCUUGUCAAAAAGAUCCUGGACGCAGGACGGAGGAGUGAGACUCGAGCAGCCACGGAAACCAGUGAGCAACGCCAGGAGAGACUCAGGAGACAUGCGCUUGUCCAGAAUCCCCCAGCGGAUGAACAACGAGGGGAGGAUUCCGCAAAAAGACAGCUGACCCCCGAACGGAUGAACAACGGCAGAAGCAAAGCGAAUACUAUAGGAAUAAGCGACGGGUUAAGCCAGUGA